GAAGAAGAAGUAAGGGCGACUGUGUUCUCUGCAGCCGGUUUCCGCUGCGCACAAUCACAGCUCCAGGACCAGCGGUGGAGUCGGUGCGCUCUGGCAGAAAGCAUCCUUCCUCCUCAUCUCUCUCGGCUCAGACAGCAGUCAGAGCUCCUCUCCAUGCCUCCAAGCCGCAGCUACCGGUCGUUAUCUGAGGAAUCCCUUGCAAUGAAACCGCUAUAACCAACCUCUUUUUUUCUUUUUAUUUCACUCUUUACUUACUUACUUCACACACAAAGCAGAAAAGAAAGAAACGCAAGCAAGAAAGACUCUUCAUCUGCAAGUUUUCGUGUGUUUGUCGCACUGGAGGGGAGGAAGCGAUGGCAGCCCCGGUGAAAGCAGCGUUGGCUCUUCUGGUUCUCACCGUGGCAACUGCCUUGUGUGCAGAGGUGGAGGAGCGGCUGGUGAGUCACCUAUUGUCAUCAGAGCGCUACAACAAGCUGAUCAGACCAGCUGUCAACAACAGCCAGCAGGUCACCAUUUACAUCCAGGUGUCCCUCGCCCAGCUGAUCAACGUGAAUGAGAGGGAGCAGAUCAUGACCACCAACUGUUGGCUCACUCAGGUAUGGAAUGACUACAGAUUAAUGUGGGACCCUGAUGAGUACGAGGGAAUCAAGAAAAUCCGCCUCCCGUCACAACACAUCUGGCUCCCAGACAUUGUCCUCUACAACAAUGCUGAUGGGACCUAUGAAGUCUCCUUCUACUCCAAUGCUGUGGUCUCCAACAAUGGUGAGGUGGCCUGGCUUCCACCAGCUAUCUAUAAGUCAGCCUGCAAAAUCGAAGUCCGUGACUUUCCCUUUGACCAGCAGAACUGCACCCUCAAGUUCCGCUCCUGGACCUACGACCACACUGAAAUUGAUCUCAUCCUCCUCAGUGAUUUUGCCAGUCGUGAUGACUUCAAACCCAGCGGUGAGUGGGAUAUUGUUUCACUGCCUGGACGCAAGAAUGAAGACCCUGAUGACAUCAGAUACCUGGAUAUCACCUAUGACUUUAUUAUCAAGAGAAAACCUCUGUUCUACACCAUCAACCUGAUCAUCCCUUGUAUCCUGAUCACCUCUCUGGCUAUUCUGGUGUUCUACCUCCCAUCAGACUGUGGCGAGAAGAUGACCCUCUGCAUCUCUGUCCUCCUGGCCCUUACUGUGUUUUUACUCCUUAUCUCAAAGAUUGUGCCACCUACGUCUUUAGCAGUGCCUCUGAUUGGGAAGUACCUGAUGUUUACGAUGGUGCUGGUCACCUUCUCCAUCGUCACCAGCGUUUGUGUCCUUAAUGUGCACCAUCGGUCCCCCAGUACACACACCAUGCCUCCUUGGGUUAAGCGCAUCUUCUUGUACCGACUCCCUUCCUACCUCUUCAUGCGGAGACCUGGUAGCUCCAACAUCCGUGAGAAAUUUCGAAAAAAACACCAGCAGCGAUCGUACUCUGACCAGAAGCUGCGUGGAGCGGAUGGGGGGACUGGAGGCUCUGCAGGAAUGGCUGAUUCCUCCUCAUCCUUCUUUGUCAAUGAGGAGUCGGCCAAACGCUAUGGCUGGAAGAUCAGCGACAUGUCAGAGAACACAGAGUUCAGGAAGAGGAUGACGCUCAAGUGCAACAUUGAUGUGGAGGAUGCAGUGGAUGGCGUGCGCUACAUUGCUGAGAAGAUGAAGACUGAGGAUGAUGAUGAAGGGAUCAUUGAAGACUGGAAGUACGUAGCCAUGGUGAUCGACCGUCUCUUCCUGUGGAUCUUUGUGUGUGUAUGUGUGGUCGGGACAGUCGGUCUCUUCAUGCAGCCUCUGUUCCAGAGUUACAACACCCCCAUUAUUGAUGACAUGGACCAUAACUGAAACCCGAUUCCUGAACUUUGAUCUCAACAUGACCCAGAAAUCAACUUUGAGUCCCCCCAGAAACAGAGCUCUGAUAACAUUUUAACACAUGAACUCACACGUCCGCCUCGCACUGCACUCUCACUGGGAAAUGAUAAUAAUGCACUUUAGCCCUCUUCCAAUACUUGCUCCCCUCCUUACUUCCAUUACCUGCCCUUUUCAUCCUCCACUUAACCUGCCAUCCUCUGCUCAUCUGUCGCCCACAGAAGAACCAGGAUCCAUUCGCUUUUGGUGAACUUAUAGGAUAAUUCUGGUGUAUUUCAAAUUUAGUCUAAUUUUUGUAAUUUUGGCCAUGAUUCUGGUCAGUUGUAACACUGUAUUCACCAAGAGAUCUGGGAGUGUGGCAACAUUGCUGUCUCUAAACCUUCAGGUUAGCCAAACAUAUUGUAUAAGAUUAUUGCCAAACUAUCUGUUGUAAACAUCCAUCACAGUUAAGGUGCUGUUCCUACAGUAUUACUUUGACCUAGGUUCUUACCAUAGUUUUCCAACAUUCACUUUAUUCAGAGAUAAAUAGAUAAUCUAGUUUAAAUAGAUAAUCUAGUUUAAAUACAUAAUCUAGUUGUACUGUUGGCUGGUUGGAUGUUGUUGUAGCAGUGCUAAUGAGUCUCUAGAACUUAGCAAAUAUAUGGCCAAAAAUACAAUAAUACAGCAAGUCCCAAUUUGUAAUAAACCAGAAUUUUAUUUUAAUUCAAAACGUGAAGUGAAAAGCACCAUUUAGUAAUCAUGCUCUGUCUUGGUUAUCAAUAUAGCCCUGCAGUUCACCAAGAAUAGAAAUGUAGCAAUUUUUAAAGAGAUUUCUUUACCUGAAAUGGUUGAAUUGAAAUUGUAUUGUCUCCUUGUCACUGUUCACAAAAGGUUUACCCAACUAUCAGCAACUCAGGACAUGAUUUUUUCUUUCUGUUUAGGCAAGACUCAAUUUCACGCUUUUCUACCAUACUCCCAUAUCUCUCUGUCGUAAUCGCAUCUUGAUGGCCCCGAUAAGACAUUAUGGAGGCUAGCAUGCAUAAAACAAGGCUCUUUACCUCAAAGAGAGAAAUAGCCCAAAGAUGAACAAAACCACACAUAAGCAGACAAGCACAUUCUGCAGAUAAGGGCCUCACACUAACAGCACACCCCUGAUGAAAAGAUGAUUCCCUUCUGUGUAGAGACAUAGAAGAUGAUCACCUCCCUGUGUCCUCACACAUACUGUACAAUUCUAAUAUUUGCCUUGAACAUGAGAGCGAGAGGGGACACAAAACAGCUUGUGUUCUAAUUGUUGUAUUGUACAAACGAUGGAUGAGGGGUGUGGAAGGUACCCAGCCUGUUUUUACCCUCACACACUCUGGCCUGACUGGAUUGACUGAUCAAAUCUACGACAAGCUGCUGUUGUGAUGUUAUUAUACAGCUGUGUUUUGAAUGAGGGAAGG